UGCCUGCUUCCUUCCCAGGCCCUGCCCGGGGCCAGCAAUGGCCCUUUUCUGGCUGUGCCCUGGGCUCCCAGACUCGCAGCAAGGCCCUCUGCUUUUGGAGCUCAGUUGUCGCCACUUCCUUUUCUCUGUUCCCCAUUAUCUGCUGUGUCGGUGGGCCUUGCAUUCUGUGGGAGUCCAAACUGCUCUCACAGAGGCUAUGUGUGUGUGUCUCGUUUUGUCUACACAGCAGGCUGGGAAGGCAGAUACCGUGAGCCUGUUUUGCAGUUGACAGAGUCAAGGCUCCAGGGGUCUCAGACUUUGUCAAGGUCCUGUAGGAAGUCAGGCACAGCUGGGACUCCGACCCACCUCUCUAUAGCUCUUCUUUUAAUCCCAUAGCUGUCUUGAAGAACAGAAUGACUGAGAACAUGAAGGAGCGCUUGGCACAGACCAAGGCUGCCGUGGGGGACAUGGUGACCGUGGUGAAGACAGAGGUCUGCUCGCCUCUCCGAGACCAGGAGUAUGGCCAGCCCUGCUCUAGGAGACCAGACCCCUCGGCCAUGGAAGUGGAGCACAAGAAACUGAAGGGGAAGCGUGACCUCAUCAUGCCCAAAAGUUUCCAGCAAGUGGACUUCUGGUUCUGCGAGUCCUGCCAGGAGUACUUUGUGGACGAAUGCCCGAACCAUGGUCCCCCGGUGUUCGUGCCCGACACGCCAGUGCCCGUGGGCAUCCCAGACCGGGCUGCCCUCACCAUCCCACAGGGCAUGGAGGUGGUCAAGGACGCCAAUGGGGAGGAUGACGUGCGGUGCAUAAAUGAGGUCAUCCCCAAAGGCCACAUCUUCGGCCCCUAUGAGGGGCAGAUCUCCACCCAGGACAAAUCAGCCGGCUUCUUCUCCUGGCUGAUCGUGGAUAAGAACAACCGCUACAAGUCCAUAGACGGGUCGGACGAGACUAAAGCCAACUGGAUGAGGUAUGUGGUCAUCUCCCGGGAGGAGAGGGAGCAGAACCUGCUGGCCUUCCAGCACAGUGAGCACAUCUACUUCCGGACGUGCCGGGACAUCCGGCCUGGGGAGCGGCUGCGGGUCUGGUAUAGCGAGGACUAUAUGAAGCGCCUACACAGCAUGUCCCAGGAGACCAUCCAUCGCAACCUGGCCAGAGGAGAGAAGCGGUUGCAGAGGGAGAAGGCUGAGCAGGCUCUGGAUGGCCCAGAGGACCUGAGGGGCCCCAUUCAUCUCCCCGUGUUGAGACAGGGCAAAAGUCCCUACAAGCGUGGCUUUGACGAGGGGGAUAUGCACCCCCAGACCAAGAAGAAGAAAAUUGACCUCAUUUUCAAGGAUGUGCUGGAGGCCUCACUGGAAUCCACAAAGGCAGAAGCACACCAGCUGGCACUGAGCACUUCGCUGGUCAUCAGGAAGGUUCCCAAAUACCAGGGUGAAGCCUACGGUCGGUGCGCAAUGACUGUGUCUCAUGACAUGCAGAAUAUCAGCCGGACCCAGGGGGAAGGGGACUGGAAGACCCCCCAGGGGGCUGCUUCUACAGAGCCAGGACCUUUGGAGGAUGAAGAAGAGGAGCCUUCGUCAUUCAAGGCUGACAGUCCCGCCGAGGCCUCCCUUGCGUCUGACCUUCACGAACUUCCCACCACCUCCUUUUGCCCCAAUUGUAUUCGCCUAAAGAAGAAGGUCCGAGAACUCCAGGCAGAACUAGACAUGCUUAAGUCUGGGAAGCUUCCUGAGCCCCCCGUAUUGCCAGCACAGGUACUGGAGCUCCCAGAGUUCUCAGACCCUGCAGCCUCAGAGAGCAUGGUCUCUGGCCCUGCCAUCAUGGAGGACGAUGACCAGGAGGUUGAUUCAGCAGAUGAAUCCGUGUCCAACGAUAUGAUGACCGCCACCGAUGAGCCCUCCAAGAUGUCGUCUGCCACCGGGCGCCGAAUCCGGCGCUUCAAGCAGGAGUGGCUAAAGAAGUUCUGGUUCCUGCGGUACUCCCCGACCCUCAACGAGAUGUGGUGCCACGUCUGCCGCCAGUACACUGUGCAGUCUUCGCGCACCUCGGCCUUCAUCAUCGGCUCCAAGCAGUUCAAGAUCCACACCAUCAAACUGCACAGCCAGAGCAACCUGCACAAGAAGUGCCUGCAGCUGUACAAGCUCCGCAUGCACCCCGAGAAGACGGAGGAGAUGUGCCGCAACAUGACCCUGCUCUUCAACACCGCCUACCACCUGGCCCUUGAGGGCAGGCCCUACCUGGACUUCCGGCCCCUGGCUGAGCUCCUGAGGAAGUGUGAGCUCAAGGUGGUGGACCAGUACAUGAACGAGGGAGACUGCCAGAUCCUCAUUCAUCACAUCGCCCGGGCACUGAGGGAAGACCUGGUGGAGCGCAUCCGCCAGUCGCCUUGCCUCAGCAUCAUCCUGGAUGGGCAGAGCGAUGACCUGCUGGCCGACACGGUGGCUGUCUAUGUCCAGUACACCAGCAGUGAUGGGCCCCCGGCCACAGAAUUCCUGUCCUUGCAGGAACUGGGGUUCUCUAGCACAGAGAGUUAUCUCCAGGCACUUGAUCGAGCCUUUUCUGCCUUGGGCAUCCGGCUGCAGGAUGAGAAGCCAACCGUUGGCUUGGGCGUAGACGGGGCCAACAUCACAGCCAGCCUGCGUGCCAGCAUGUUCAUGACGAUCCGCAAGACGCUGCCCUGGCUGCUGUGCCUGCCCUUCAUGGUGCACCGACCCCACCUGGAAAUCCUGGACGCCAUCAGCGGGAAGGAGCUCCCCUGCCUGGAGGAGCUGGAGAACAACCUGAAGCAGCUGCUGAGUUUCUACCGGUACUCGCCGCGACUCAUGUGUGAGCUGCGGUCCACGGCCUCCACCCUCUGUGAGGAGACAGAGUUCCUGGGGGACAUCCGGGCCGUGAGGUGGAUCAUCGGCGAGCAGAAUGUCCUCAAUGCCCUCAUCAAGGACUACCUGGAGGUGGUGGCCCACCUCAAGGACGUCAGCAGCCAGACCCAGCGGGCAGACGCCUCAGCCAUUGCACUGGCCUUGCUGCAGUUCCUCAUGGACUACCAGUCCAUCAAGCUCAUCUACUUCCUUCUGGACGUGACCGCUGUGCUCUCACGCCUGGCCUACGUCUUCCAGGGCCAGUACCUCCUGGUGUCCCAGGUGGAUGACAAGAUCGAGGAGGCCAUCCAGGAGAUCAGCCGGCUGGCCGACUGCCCGGGGGAAUACCUGCAGGAGUUCGAGGAGAAUUUCCGAGAGAGUUUCAAUGGAAUUGCGAUGAAGAACCUCAGGGUGGCCGAAGCCAAGUUCCAGUCCAUCAGGGAGAAGAUCUGCCAGAAGACCCAAGUGAUUCUGGCUCAGAGGUUCGAUUCCCGCAGCCGGAUCUUCGUGAAGGCCUGCCAGGUGUUUGACCUAGCCGCCUGGCCCAGGAACAGCGAGGAGCUCAUGAGCUAUGGCAAGGAGGAUAUGGUCCAGAUAUUCGAUCACCUGGAAGCCAUCCCGACCUUUUCCCGGGAUGUCUGUAGGGAAGGGCUGGACCCCCGCGGGAGUCUGUUAAUGGAGUGGCGAGAACUGAAGGCUGAUUACUAUACCAAAAAUGGCUUCAAAGACCUGAUCGGCCACGUUUGCAAAUACAAACAGAGGUUUCCGCUCUUGAACAAGAUCAUCCAGGUCCUCAAGGUCCUCCCCACUUCCACCGCCUGCUGCGAGAAAGGCCGAAACGCCCUGCAGCGAGUUCGCAAAAACCACCGCUCCCGUCUGACCCUGCAGCAGCUCAGUGACCUGCUGACAAUCGCCGUGAACGGCCCGCCCAUUGCCAACUUUGAUGCCAAGCGGGCCCUGGACAGCUGGUUUGAGGAGAAGUCCGGCAACAGCUACUCUCUGUCCACCGAGGUCCUCAGCAGGAUGUCUGCACUGGAGCAGAAGCCGGUGCUGCAGGCCGUGGACCACGGCUCAGAGUUUUACCCGGACAUUUAGGGAAGCCUGCGCCACAGAGGUCGCUAAGCUGUUGAAUAUUUUUUAAAUCUAUACUCAUAAGCUUUGAUAUAUUAUAUAAAUAUAUAUUAUAUUAUAUAUAUAUAUAUAAAAACCCACACUGAAAAUUUUUUAAAAACCGAGGUGACGCAUCUACCAGAAGCUACUGGGAGCUUUCGGAAAGGAAUAAUGUCAGAAACUGACUCUUGUCUACAAAACUUGGCAGCUGCAACACCCGUGGCAACUCAUUUUCACUCACAGAAGCAUGUGCGGAGGCCACACGUGUUCCCACCUAACGGUCAGCCGACAACAUAAGCUAAAAUGACGGGUCUCUGCCAUCACCUUCACGUAGCCCGUUUUGUUCGCGUUUUUGUUCGGGGGGUGGGAGGCUCGGGUUGGGGUUUAUGUUCCUGCCUUCCCCUCCCUUGUUUGGUCUCUUGUAGGCUGGGGUUUCUCAGCCUCUUCGCUGACAUGCUGGUCCAGCUGAAUGCAGUCUCGGGUUCUGGGGAGGGCUCUGGAGAGGGUUCUGGAGAGGGUUCUGGAGAGGGCUGUGUGUCUGGAUCCAGCGUUCUGACUGUCUCUGCCCCCUGACUUCAGCUUGAAAGAUUUUGUUCGUUUCCCAAUGAGCAUUUCUUCACCGUCUUAGACAUGUAUGUCAGUCAAACUGUGACUCCCCGCCUCUGUCACCACCUCUCGCCCCUGGGUUGUUCAUUUUCUCCUUCCAGGCCUCUGGACCCUAAAGAUAUUACCUGUAAUACCGAAGGCACAGUUGCCUGACAACCAAGCUUGAAACCCCGGGGAAGGGAGGAGGUGAACACUUUGCAUUCCUGUUUUUACUCGGUGUCGGGUAAAAUAAUCUUAUUCCAUUCAGAUCCAGGGCUGUUGGAGGAAGAGCCAAGAAAUCCAGACCCCAAAGGGCAACGAUUUAUUGGCUAAAAACAAGUAAAAUGAAAAAUAUGUAUUCACUUUACAUAAAUUAUUCACACUCUGUCUUUAUAAUCUUAUCAUGUGUUUGGGAAUAUGUGCUUUCCUUUAAUAAUCAGGAAAUGCCCAAAGUAGUUCAGUGGCAGAAGAUGUCAAUGCAAGUUGUGCCCUGGAUUAUGCAAAUGAGAGUCGCUAGAGAUUCAGUCCUUUUUCUGCAACAGGCUGAUAGCCAGCCCUGCAGCCUGGCAGGAAGGUAGUGGGGGACUGAGUGAUGCACGCACGCCUGUGAACGCUUCCGUUUUCGAACAGGGUAGAGAUGUCCUGAGAGAAAGGAAUAAGCAAGGAGUAGAAUAGGACUCUCAAGGCAUCAGCCUACACACACACAAACACAUACACACACACACACACACACAACCACAUACAACCACAAUAUAAGCUUUAGAAAUAGCCACUUGCCUACUCCCUGGGGCAAGUAGUGGUUUAAGCUAGAGGAGUGAGAUCAAUCCUCUCUCAUUCAUUUAACUACCAGUAUACCUCGCAAGGGAGUUUUUUUAAAAAAAAAUGUGCAUGAGCUGUUAACUCCUGUUCAUGUUUCCACACCUGAUUGACGCAUAUCUGAUAUGCAGAGACCCCUCACCGUGGGUGCAGGUCGUAUUUGGGGGAGGGAGGAGGAUCUGCAUCGUCCGUGGUCAGGGAGCCACCCCUCUCAGUUGGCAGAAGGUGUGGGCAAAGGAUGUUGUGAUCUGGCCACAGGCAGGCCCCAGCGUCCUGACCCCGCGUGGCUCCGACACUAUAAAGCUGUGGUGGCUUCCUUCCUCCUUGGUUCACUUUGUCUCUGAGGCCUCACUCAUGCCACCAUAGAGAACCAUUGUGGAAAUGUCAUCAACACUGAACAUGUCACUCCCCCUUCCUACCCUGCCAGUCCCUUCACCCCCCACAGGUCCCUCCCCCCACCCCAUGGUCUUGGUGCUAAGAUAACUUUAGAAUCAUUGCUGCUAGUUGAUAGCUUUUCAUUAUAUAAAUAUAUUAUAUAUAUUAUAUAUUAUUUUUGAAACUUUUUUGGUUUGUUUCAACAGUGAUGUAGCAUGUUCAAAAAACAAAAAACAAAACCUGGUUUUCUCUGACUGGGUCCCACUGCCAGGCCUCAUAUGCUGCCUUCUUCAACAAAUCAAUGCACCCCCACCUGGUGACAUUCAACCCCCAGGCCCCUCCCCCGGCCGCAGGCACUCCCCCACCCUCCUCUGAAGGAGAGAGAAGGAACUAGCAAGGAACGGCCUAGAGCUCUCUCUGAGGCUUUGAAACUCCAAGCCUCGCUCCACUUCCCCACUUUAAACGGAGGUCUCCUCCCUCUAACCCACCCCCUCCACUCCCCCCCCCCACCAUCAGGGUCAGUAACUGUGGUCAAGUGGGACACUGUUGCAAAGCACAAAGCUCCACCUUCCCCGCCCCAGCUUCCUCUCCACCGCACAGAUGAAGAUGGGUCGAAGGCAGAGGUGGCUGGCGAGGGGGCCUUGGUGGCGGGGUGGAAACAGCAGGUUGGGGUCCUUUCUUCUAGCCACAGAUGCCUUACGCCUUCUCUUUCCCAGCUGUCACUCCUCCCCACCCACUGCAUUUGGGACCCUCUGUGGAGAGGCCAUCAGAGGUCGCUACUCAUUUACAAACCAGGAAGAGAACAUGUGCUUGAGCACCUAGUCAGGGCUGCAAACGUGUCCUCUCAAGAGACCACGGUCAAACUUAGCUCAGUUGUUAUGCAGGAGGAAAAUCCUUGGGUCAAUGCCCGUGUCAACCCUCUACCUUCUGAGAGAGCUGGGAGCACGGGCUGCUGCUAGCAGCAUGUGGCUCCCUGGGGCCAUCUGCUGGGCCAGGGUCCAGAACAGAAAGGAUGAGCUCUCUGGAGGGUCUUGAAGUUCGGCAAAGUCGCCUCUCCAACUCCGGGUGCCAGGCCGUAUCAGACACCCUGAAGGCCACUUUGCCUUAGGACGGGAAGUAACCAGGGGAAAAUUGAGGUGACACACCACUCACGCAGGGGCUUUUCGCAGCCUGGGUGCUCCCAGGGGGCUCAGCACUUUUGCUCUGUGAGUGGGGCAUGUGGUUGCCCGUGACCCCUACAGCAGGCACUUCCCACUCUCUGCUCCUUCAGAAGGGCUCUUGGGUUCAUGGGACUCUCGGGGUCUGGUCUGGGGAAGCACAUGCUUGGCUAGUCUAACUUCCCUUUCAAGGGCACGGAAGACUGGCUGGGUGGUCCUUGCAUCCCAAAUGUGGUGGUUUCACCCCGGGCUCAGGAGUGACAACCUUUGGCUUACAAUAGAAUGUUUGUGUUUCUGGGAUUGAGACUUGUCCUAAUUGGGCUGGCUAAUUAGUGGCUUUCUUUGGCUUCUGGGAGGUGUGAGAAGUGAGGUCAGGUUUGCGGUCAAGAGUGUCUGUAAUGAGAACGGCACGGGCCUCCUCAGUGGAGGAAAAAGACCCAUAGCCGUCUACAGAAUCUGCGAAACCUGAGGGCACCCAGUCCUGUCUUGCUGUGUCAGAGUCCCUAAGUCUUGAUGGUCUGGUUAAAUAUCAGUACAGGCAUCUGACUGAAACGCCAGGUUUUGUUUUUCCUUUUUAAAUGGCAAAUGGCACCACUCUGUAGUGCUGGGUGGACUCCUAUUUCCUCAUCCUUCUGCUGGAGAAUGAAAACAGGCUCCAGCCCCAGGAUCCUGGGUAACUGGGUUCGGUGCUGGGCCCUCAGUCCAGGGCAGAGGGAGGGCUUGGCCCCAGCGCCUCCUCCGUGUUUCCAUGUUGAGUUGUCUUGCCGAGCCCCCCUCUUCCCCUUGACUAGUUCCUGUUGACCCUUUAAUUUGGAGGAAGGACCUUGUAAUUGUUUAACGUAAGGUUUAAAUACUUCCCAUGUGCUCAGAAGCGAUACCAGGAAAGAAAAAAAAAACAGGGAAAAGCGUGUAGAGCGCUGGAAACAAUCAUGGAGAGAUUGAAGUGGACUGCAGACAGGGCCCGGCCUGGGAUGCGGGGCUGGAGUUGUUUUACGGUGGCUGUUCACCCGAAACCUCACGGGGUCCAGGGGACGGCCUGGGGGUUGAAAGGGAAGUUCCCUUCUAGGAUCCUCACCCUUCGUUUUCCCUCCCAUCCCCUCUAGGAGCAGGAAUUCUGUAUCUAGAGCUGGUUGAAGCUUACAGUCUGGGUUGAUUUCCAAGCAGAAUUUGUGUUUUUUCUUGGUCCCUAACACCCAGUUUGGGUGGAAAGCUCCAGACUCACUGGGCCUCACACCCAUUCCCUUCUUCAGUUGGCAAGCCCUGCCAGGCCAGCCUGGGGCAGCACAAGCGGGGAGGGCAGGUGAGCUUGGGACAGUUCCAUUCCAGGUACCGGCCUCCUGGAGGUUGUACUGGGUCUUAGGCUCUAGUCUGGUCUUGAGGAGGGAAGAUGACAUCAAGAGACAUGCAGGGCCCCUUUUCUGCUUGGAGGAAGGCCCCUCUCUGCUCUCUGUUCUGGGUGCUUUACCUGAGUGAGUAGAGCUGUGAUAUGUUAUGGAGCCUUUGAGGCGAUCUUCGUGUGUUAGCCAGAGGGAGAAAAAGUGCCCUUGGGGAGGAAAAUGGUACGGCCCUCCUCUUCCAUCUGGCUCUCCCCCAACCCCAAUCCCUUCAAGUGGUAUCGCCCUGGAAAUACCUAUGCAAUCCAGCCUCCCUAGGAGAGUGCAUAGAAGCAGGGGUAUGUGCAGUGUAUAAAUGCUACAGCGUAUAUAUUGUAUAUUUGGACAUAUGCAGUACGUAUACACAGAGUAAGAGAUUGAAUCACGUCUAUAUAUCUAUAAAUAAUAUCCUAUAUAUUUAUACAUUUCUAUGUUUUAAAUAGAUAUAAAAAUAGAGUCUAUAGAGAGCUGGGAGAGCAAGGGGAAAGCCUGUGUUGUGCGAAGAGGGAGGAGGCAGAGCCUGUGCAGGGGGAGAUGAGGGAGCUCAGGAGGCAGGGUUUGCUGGGAACGGGGCCUCCUACCCGGAGGUGUGGAGAGGAGAGGAACUGGGUCCCGGCCCUCUCCGUGCACUUUCUCUCCUUCCCUACAGGCUUGGUCUGAGGUUGGAAGGAGAUACUCACCCCCUGAGCUCCAGCUCAAACACCCCCUCCACCCUCCCUGCAAGCCUAUGGUUGGUGGUCACUGCUGCUUGGCAGUGGGAUGUGAUCACCGACCCACAGUGUAGGGACCACUGCACAAUUUCCCCCAAAUACUCUGCCCCCAGGAAUCAGCAGCAUUGACGGCCAUAGGAAAGAUGCAAAUUGGACCAAGAAUGGUCCAGGAAAGAUGCUGCCAGCCCCCCUCGUGUGCUUCUACUGGCCCCUAGAGGCCAAGCCUCCAAAGUACGGCGCCCUGGCCUCCCUCACCUUCUCCAUCACUGUCUGCCAGGGCACUGGAGAAGUGAAGUGGGCAGCGUGAGCAUUGCCACCCUGCGCCACUCACCUUCCAGAGGCUUUCUGGCCAGGGCAGGGGGCAUCAGCUAACCAGGAAGGGUGGGAGAGAGAUAUCCGCACACUCAUAAAUUCAGUAGCAAUUCAAGUUCAGAUGCAGGGCUUUGGCCCAGCCCACUUUGCACAGCUGCUGCUGCUGGCUGUACUCAGGACAAUGCUCUUCCCUCUCCUGCAUGGAGGCUUAUUGACCCCUCACCUCACCGCCACUGUAACAGGCAGGUUUAGUUCACAUACACUGUUCUGAUUCUGUGACUCAAGGCAGAGGCUGAGCCGGAUGCCCCAUGACGGAGGGCUUGUGCAGCCCUGACGGGAUCAGAAGCCCAUUUCACUUCCAGGUUUCUUUUUGCAGUUGCUUUUCCCUGGAGGUGGGGGAGGAGGGGCUGCGGGGUUGCAGAUGAAGGGAGGCGGAGGACAUCAGCCGUGUCCUCUGUUCUUCAGACCAGCCUCUGCCUUUUGGCUCUCCCGUCUCCAAGCCCCCUUUGCCCCGCUGCCCUGCCCUUCCCCACCAUCCUACCAGCGGACCUCAGUUUCCAGCAGACCCACCCUAUACCUGCAGUCGGGGUGGGUCUGUUCUGCCAGUGCCCACUCCCUUCCCUCCAAGUCGGCCUGGGUCUCUGAGCCACAGCUAGCUGCCAACCGGGUCUUGGAACGCCCUCCAGGGCCUGGCUCAAGAGAGGCCAAGCCCGGCCCGAGCCUUCCUCUCGCUGCGGUGGACCAGACCCACAGCCAGGGGAUGGGCACCCCAGGGCAGCAAUCCCACAAUGCACUGUACCUCAGAGAGAGCAGCCACGGGGCAUCAAGGGCACCGGGCCCUCCGUCCAAGGACAGCCGGUCACAGCACUGCUCACAGAAAGACGAGGCCAGGCUGCCUGCGGCACCCCUCGGCCUUCACUUUGUCCCUCGGGAAGAGCCAGCAGUCUGAUUCAGCCUUUUUCAGCCCCGGUCUCUCUCCUUCUCUCCACCCCCACGCGGCGGAACCAUUUCAUUUCAAUCAUAAAGGAAAAAUGUAGUGGGGGUGGGGUGAAAUACCUAGGAGUCUAUUAUCACAUACAUAUUAAUAUGUUAAUACUUUCUUUCUUAAAAAAGAAAAAAAACCUUGAUGUUAUUAUUUUGCAGACUACGCUUUAUAGUACCUGUGUGACGGGACCUAGAACACUGGAUACAAAUAGAGCUAUGUUGGUUUAUCAUAAUAUGUACGCGGAAACUUUCCUUUUGUCAUAUUAUCCUUGUCAUGUAAGGAGAUUGUUAAUAAAAGCAUUCAAAUUUACUCACCAA